CGAGGGCAGCGGAGGAGGCGAGGAGCGCCGGGUACCGGGCCGGGGGAGCCACGGGCUCUCGGGGAAGAGACAGAUGAUGAACAAGCUUUACAUCGGGAACCUGAGCCCCGCCGUCACCGCCGACGACCUCCGGCAGCUCUUCGGGGACAGGAAGCUGCCCCUGGCGGGACAGGUCCUCCUCAAGUCCGGCUACGCCUUUGUGGACUACCCCGACCAGAACUGGGCCAUCCGCGCCAUCGAGACCCUCUCCGGUAAAGUGGAAUUGCAUGGGAAAAUCAUGGAAGUUGAUUACUCAGUCUCUAAAAAGCUAAGGAGCAGGAAAAUUCAGAUUCGAAACAUCCCUCCUCAUCUGCAGUGGGAGGUGUUGGAUGGACUUUUGGCCCAGUAUGGGACGGUGGAGAACGUGGAACAAGUCAACACAGACACAGAAACUGCAGUUGUCAAUGUCACAUAUGCAACAAGAGAAGAAGCAAAAAUAGCCAUGGAGAAGCUAAGCGGGCAUCAGUUUGAGAACUACUCCUUCAAGAUAUCCUACAUCCCGGAUGAAGAGGUGAGCUCCCCUUCGCCCCCUCAGCGAGCCCAGCGUGGGGACCACUCUUCCCGGGAGCAAGGCCACGCCCCUGGGGGCUCUUCUCAGGCCAGACAGAUUGAUUUCCCGCUGCGGAUCCUGGUCCCCACCCAGUUUGUUGGUGCCAUCAUCGGAAAGGAGGGCUUGACCAUAAAGAACAUCACUAAGCAGACCCAGUCCCGGGUAGACAUCCACAGAAAGGAGAACUCUGGUGCCGCCGAGAAGCCUGUCACCAUCCAUGCUACCCCAGAGGGGACCUCGGAAGCAUGCCGCAUGAUUCUCGAAAUCAUGCAGAAAGAGGCUGAUGAGACCAAACUAGCCGAAGAGAUUCCUCUGAAGAUCUUGGCCCACAAUGGCUUGGUUGGAAGACUGAUUGGAAAAGAAGGAAGAAACUUGAAGAAAAUUGAACAUGAGACAGGGACCAAGAUAACAAUUUCAUCCUUGCAGGACUUGAGCAUCUACAAUCCUGAAAGAACCAUCACUGUGAAGGGCACAGUGGAGGCCUGUGCCAACGCCGAGAUCGAGAUUAUGAAGAAGCUCCGAGAGGCCUUCGAAAACGAUAUGCUGGCUGUUAAUCAACAGGCCAAUCUGAUCCCAGGGUUGAACCUCAGUGCACUUGGCAUCUUUUCAACAGGACUGUCUGUACUUCCGCCACCAGCAGGGCCACGUGGAGCUCCCCCGUACCACCCCUUCGCCACUCACUCCGGAUACUUCUCGAGCCUGUACCCUCCUCACCAGUUCGGCCCAUUCCCACACCAUCACUCCUAUCCAGAGCAGGAGAUUGUGAAUCUCUUCAUCCCAACUCAGGCGGUGGGUGCCAUCAUCGGCAAGAAGGGGGCCCACAUCAAACAGCUGGCCAGAUUUGCUGGGGCCUCUAUCAAGAUUGCCCCAGCAGAAGGCCCGGAUGUCAAUGAAAGAAUGGUCAUCAUCACUGGGCCCCCUGAAGCUCAGUUCAAGGCCCAGGGGCGGAUCUUCGGGAAACUGAAAGAAGAAAACUUCUUUAACCCUAAAGAAGAGGUGAAGCUGGAAGCCCACAUCCGAGUGCCCUCUUCCACCGCUGGCCGGGUGAUUGGCAAGGGUGGCAAAACCGUGAACGAGCUGCAGAACCUGACCAGUGCAGAAGUCAUCGUACCACGAGACCAAACGCCAGAUGAGAACGAGGAGGUGAUUGUCAGGAUCAUAGGGCAUUUCUUCGCCAGCCAGACUGCACAGCGCAAGAUCAGGGAAAUUGUACAACAAGUGAAACAGCAGGAGCAGAAAUAUCCUCAGGGAGUCGCCUCACAGCGCAGCAAGUGAGGCUCCCACAGGCACCAGCAAAACAACGGAUGAAUGUAGCCCUUCCAACACCUGACAGAACGAGACCAAACACAGCCAGCCAGUCCGGGAGCAAACCAAAGACCAUCAUCCUGAGGAACGCAUGAGAAGUCAGCCGAGGGAGGCCCUGGGGCUGUGGAGGGAGGAAGGGAGGAGGGCAGACCUCUCAGCAGAACCACAGCGCACCGGCAGGGCCCGCCUGCUUCCACAGGUCUUCCGCCGGCUCCCCAGCCAUCCACGUCACCACCCGCUCCAUCUCGCCUUCUCCCACGACGCUAUCCCUUUUAGUUGAACUAACAUAGGUGAAUGUGUUCAAAGCAAAACAAAAUUCACAUGCUGUUUCUUUUUAUUUUUUCUCUUUUUUUUUUUGUGGAAAAUAGUCUCUGUACAUGUGUGUACAUAUUAGAAUGGGAAAGAUGUUAAGAUAUGUGGCCUGUGGGUUACACAGGGUGCCUGCAGUGUUAAUAUAUUUUAGAAAUAAUAUAUCAGAUAACUCGACUAACUCCAAUUAUUAAUUUUUUUUCUUUUUAAAGAGAAAGCAGGCUCUUCUAGACUUUGUAAGAAUAAGGUCGUUCAUUGGGGAGGGUGGCCCUGGUGAUGUAGUGAGGAGGCCACCCAUUCAAAAUUCACCCGGAGGGGAAUCUUGUCAGGAGGACACUCUGCCGCAGUUCUGGAUCACCUGUGUGUGUCAACAGAAGGGAUACCGUCUCUUUGAAGAGGAAACCUCUCUUCAUCCCUGUCUAGCUCACAAUCCCCAUUUCUCUCUGCUUCACAGGUUCUUAACUGGUUUUGCAUCCCGCUGUAUAAUUCUCUGUCUCUCUCUGUUUAUCUCACCCCUGCCCUGUUCUCCUUUUCUCUUUUUCCAUCCCAUUCUUUUUAUUUCCCUCAGUACCCUGUAUCUACGCACCCCCACCCCCACCCCCAGGCAAAGCAGUGCUCUGAGUAUCACAUCACACAAAGCCACAAAGCGAAACACACAAACCAGCCUCAACUUACACUUGGUUACUCAAAAGAACAAGAGUCAGUGGUACUUGUCCUAACAUUUUUGGAAGAGGAAAACAGGAACCCACCAAACCAACCCAGUCAAACAAAAGAAUUCCAGAAAGAAAGAACGGAUUUUGUAUUUUUUACAUUUUGGUGUAUAAGCCAUCAGUAUUCGGUGAAAUGAUUUCUUUUUUUAAAAAAAAUGGAGGAAAAUAGCAAUUUAUAAGAGGUUGUUGGCCCAGGGCGAUAAAUUUACAGGAUUUUUUUUUUUUUAAAAAAAAACACACGAGAAAAACACACACAUAAAAAGCUACCUCAGGUGUUUUUUUACCUCAGCACCUUGCUCUUGUGUUUCCCUUAGAGAUUUUGUAAAACUGAUAGUUGGAGCAUUUUUUUAUUUUUUUAAUAAAAAUGAGUUGGAGAAAAAAAAAUAAGAUAUCAGCUGCCAGCCUGGAGAAGGUGACAGUCCAAGUGUACAACAACUGAGUCGUCUUCCGCUAGCCAAGAACCUCUAUGGCCUUCUUGUGGACAGACCUUGAACAUGUGGAUUAUAGCGAUGACAAAGAAAAACAGAGAGAGAAAAUAGUGGAGAUGUCCCGAGUUUCAAUAGGGUACGCGCCAUUAGGGCUUUUUGUGCUAAAGGAUGACCAUGUACUGGUUUAUGUGAACAAGCCAUUAUACCACCAGACUGCAAUGCCAGUUUCCUCUACUGCAAACAGUGUUCUGUGACAAAAA